UCAGGCUACAGGGGCAGGACAUGAGCAAGCGGCUUCGGGGAUCCGCGCCCUUUGCGCGGGGGUAAACAGGGUUGGCAACGUGUCAGCAGCCGUGGCACAACGCGACCCCGGCAAUUUCGCUUGCUCGCUGACUAAGUGAAGAAAUUUGUAGCAACAAUAGGCAUUUGGCAGGCAAAACGGGGAACGGGCGACGAGGGCGAUACAAAAUCAUCCAUUGCAUGCGUGCACGAGGGAGUCGCGACUCUGCAAGCUCGAAUGCUUCCACAUGUCCUGUUGCUUUGAUUACGUUGACGCGAAGAGCUAGGCAUUACAGGGUGGCGCAAAGCCGCGCCUUGCGCUAUUUCUUUUGUUCAGUCUGAGCUCGCUUUCUUCUUUACUCAAGCCCAGACAUGUCCGCUCGGAGGGCCUUGACGCUGGCCCAGCCCCUAACAGGGCUAUGGCCAGGCGCGCAGGAGUUUGCACGCAGCAUCAGCACUAGCGUGGGCGCUCUGUCGGGGCCUCCCCCGCCCCCGCCUCCCCCGCCUCCGCCUUCGGACCACCUGGAGGUUUUUGUCAACGAGCAGCCUGUUAAGAUACCGAAGGGCUCUUCGGUGCUGCAGGCGUGCGAUGCGGCCGGUAUCGACAUUCCACGCUUCUGCUACCACCAGCGCCUCUCGAUUGCGGGCAACUGCCGGAUGUGCCUCGUGGAGGUUGAGAAGGUCCCCAAGCCCGUGGCAUCCUGCGCGAUGCCCGCGGGCCCGGGCAUGAAGAUUAAGACGGAGACGCCGAUGGUGAAGAAGGCGCGCGAGGGCGUGAUGGAGUUUCUGCUGAUCAACCACCCGCUGGACUGCCCCAUCUGCGACCAGGGCGGCGAGUGCGACCUGCAGGACCAGGCCAUGAUCUUCGGCAGCGACCGCUCGCGCUUCGUGGAGGCCAAGCGCGCGGUGGAGGACAAGAACCUGGGCCCGCUGGUCAAGACGGUCAUGAACCGCUGCAUCCACUGCACGCGCUGCGUGCGCUUCGCCAGCGAGGUGGCGGGCACGGCGGAGCUGGGCGUGACGGGGCGCGGCCGCGACAGCGAGAUCGGCACGUACGUGGAGAAGCUGAUGGGCUCGGAGCUGAGCGGCAACGUGGUGGACCUGUGCCCCGUGGGCGCGCUCACCUCCAAGCCUUACGCCUUCACGGCGCGCAGCUGGGAGCUCAAGGGCACCGAGUCCAUCGACGUGUCUGACGGCCUGGGCGCCAACAUCCGCGUGGACGCCCGCGGCACGGAGGUGAUGCGCAUCCUGCCGCGCCUCAACGAGGCCGUGAACGAGGAGUGGCUGUCCGACAAGGGCCGCUACCAGUACGACGGCCUCAAGCACCAGCGCCUGGACAAGCCCAUGGUCAAGGGCCCCAAGGGCCUGCAGGUGGCCACCUGGCAGGACGCGCUGGGCGCGGCCGCCGCCGCGCUGACCUCCGCCGCGCCCGGCGAGGUGCGCGGCAUCGCCGGCAAGCUAGCGGACGCCGAGUCCAUGGUGGCGCUGAUGGACCUGCUGCGCGGCCUGGGCGCCGGCGACCUGGCGCACGAGGGCGGCUUCUCCGACAUGCCCGCCGACGUGCGCUCCACCUACACCGCCAACACCACCGUGCAGGGCCUGGAGCAGUCUGACCUGGUCCUGCUGGUGGGCACCAACCCACGCUGGGAGAGCCCCGUGUUCAACGCCCGCCUGCGGAAGAUGUUCCUGGACGGCACCCAGGUGGGCCUGGUAGGCGCGCCCGUGGACCUGACCUACAAGUACGAGCACGUGGGCUCCGACCCCGCGGCGCUGGCGGCGCUGGCGGCGGGGCAGCACCCCUUCCUGGAGCGGCUCAAGAAGGCGGCGCGGCCGGCGGUGGUGGUGGGCCCCGGCGUGCUGCGCCGCGCCGACCGCGAGGCGGUCAUGAAGGCCGUGCACGAGCUGUGCGGCAAGGCCGGCGUGGUGAAGGAGGGCUGGAACGGCUUCAACGUCAUCCACGACACCGCCUCCCGCGUGGCGGCGCUGGACAUGGGCUUCGGGCCCUCCGCCGCCGCCCGCGCCCGCCGCGCGCAGGGCGCCCAGCCCAAGGUGGUGUACCUGCUGGGCUCGGACGACUACAGCGAGGAGGACGUGCCGGAGGGGGCCUUUGUCAUCUACCAGGGCCACCACGGCGACCGCGGCGCCUCCCGCGCCAACGUGGUGCUGCCGGGCGCCGCCUACACGGAGAAGUCGGGCCUGUACGUCAACUUCGAGGGCCGCGUGCAGCAGACGCGCGCCGCCGUGCCGCUGGUGGGCGACGCGCGCGAGGACUGGGCCAUCCUGCGCGCGCUGUCCGAGGUGGUGGGCAAGCGCCUGCCCUACGACAGCCACGCCGCGGUGCGCGCGCGCCUGGCGGGCAUCGCGCCGCACUUCGCCAACAUCGACGCCGUGCAGACGCCUGUGUGGCUGAACGGCGAGUACGUCAAGGGCGUGGAGGCGCUGGCCAAGGCCGCGCCGCUGCAGCCCAGCGCGCCGCUCACCUCCACCAUCUCCAACUUCUACAUGACUGACGCCAUCAGCCGCGCCUCGCGCACAAUGGCCAAGUGCAUCCAGGCGCGGCAGCAGACCAAGUAAAGAAGGAUACGUGGUCGCCGGCCGGGCGGAGUGUGGUUGGAGGAGCGGGCAGGGAGAGCUUUGGUGGUGGAGAGGCGCGAGGGCGAUGAGGAAGGAUGAGGUGCGGAUUUGGUGGUGCGGAGAAUGAGGGCGUGCAGCGCGUGGAAGAGUCGGCGCCAUGGCGGUGCGUGUGGCGUGGAGCUCAGGCGUUGCAGCUGGGCUGCGUUCGCUACGCAGCGUGCGGAAGGCUGUGCGGGUGCAGGAGUGCGGCCGCCGUGCACGCCGCGGCUGUGGUGGCGCCUGCUCAUGCUCCUGAGCAUGGACCGGUCGCCAUACCAGCGGACACGAGAAGCUGGAAGGAAGGCAUUAGUCAUGUCUGUUGUGGAUUGCGGGCCAGAGGGGGCGGAGCGUACGAGGCACGGCGCAAGGAGGCGGCAGAGCGGCGUGCUGGCCGUUGCCGAAGCUUAUAUGCAGGUGUGUUUAGCCCGGAUAUCGGGGCUGUGCGUGUGGCUGUAGGUUUAGCGUUUGAGGGCCAGCGAGCCCCAGCGUAGGCUAUCGCAAGCAUUUAUCAACUAGUGCCUCGGCUUAACAACUUGCUAUCUGGGAGUGCGUAGGGCAACAGUAGUACAUCGCACUUGGGUGGGGGUGGGCAUGAUGGCGGCGUAGUGGACACAAGAAUCACGGAAUCUGUAAUGUGUUACAACU